AUGGACUCUUCGAAUGCUUCAAGUUCUGAGACUUCUUUGGUUUAUAAUGAAAACCAACAAUCUCCAGGUGGCACGACACCAUGUGAUCGGUUGGGAGUGGAUUUGAUGAAUGUUUUAGAGAAUAAUGAUGAAGUAAAGCAAGAAGCGGCUCCAGUAACAAACCGUGAAAUUGGGGACACGGAAUCAGAUGCUUCUACAGGUUCUUCGUUUGCUAGUGCUAAUGAAUUGCUUCGUGAAACUAAUACCAAAAAUGAAACUAGUGUCGAUGCUAAUGGCGGCCUUACGUUAACACAGCAAAGAGAAAUGGUCGCUCGACUGACAAGAGUACAGAGGGAAGCGCAAAAAGAAGGUGAUAAAGUCUGCAUUGUUCCAAAGGCAUGGUAUGAUAAAUUUUUAGACCCCGAUGUCACUGAUUCUCAAGAUAUUGGUCCUAUUAAUACACGGGUGAUUUGCAGAGAUUUUGAAAAUUUCGUGCUUGAGGAUUACAACAGAUGUCCAUACCUAUCUGUCAGUGAGUCUGUUUUCGAAUUCUUGGCAGAAAUUUAUGGACUGACUAGUGGCUCUUAUCCAGUUAUUACUAAUUUAGUUAUGAACCAAACUACGGGGGAAUUAGAGACGGAGUACAAUAAAUGGUUCUUCAGGUUGCAUCACUUGACAGAGAAGCAAGAGAUACGUAAAAGAGGGUAUAAUCAGGAUGAUUCAGUCUUGUACUUGUCAAUGUCUGCGUUGGAUUUGGUACGCGACUUAGUUGAGAAGAGUAUGAAUUUAUUUUUCGAGAAAGCGGAUCAUUUAGACAUAAAUGCUGUAGACUUUAAAAUUUGGUAUGUCUCACAGGGAUCAGACGUUUCCGCGGAUACGAACACCAGUAAUGUUUUGAAUGCAUCAUACGAAAUAACUCCAUUGCAGUUUUUAGAGCUACCAAUCAAAAAACUACUCAUUCCAGAUAUGUUUGAAAAUCGCUUGGACGUGAUAACUUCAAACCCAAGUGAUCUAGUUAUAGAAAUUAAACCUAUAGAGGGCAAUUACCAUUGGGUUUCGAAUCACUUUGUUUAUAAUAAACUCGAGCCAGCUUCAGGAACGACCGGUCUGGUCAAUCUAGGAAACACGUGUUAUAUGAAUUCGGCAUUGCAAUGCCUUGUGCACCUUCCCCAGUUGCGGGAUUACUUUCUUUAUAAUGGAUACGAAAAAGAAAUAAAUGAAGAAAAUCCUCUCGGUUAUCAUGGUUAUGUAGCUAGAGCAUUUAGUGAUUUGAUUCAAAAGUUGUUCCAAAACAAACUGAGCAUAAUGCAAAGAAAUGGAGCGUUUCCUCCAACGAUGUUUAAAUCUACUAUUGGACAUUUCAAUUCCAUGUUCUCCGGUUAUAUGCAACAAGAUUCACAAGAAUUUUUAGCCUUCCUAUUAGACAGUUUACAUGAAGACUUGAAUAGGAUUAUAAAGAAGGCGUACAUAGAGAAGCCAUCAUUAUCUCCUGGUGAUGAUGUGAACGAUUGGAAUGUGAUUAAAAAGUUGGCAGAUGAUACCUGGGAGCUGCAUUUAAAGAGAAAUCACUCAGUUAUAACAGACUUAUUUGUCGGUAUGUAUAAAUCUACAUUAUACUGUCCUGAGUGUAAAGAUGUUUCCACAACUUUUGAUCCCUAUAAUGAUGUUACGCUCCCGCUUCCAGUAGAUACGGUAUGGAAUAAAGCUGUCAAGAUUUUUCCUAUGAACUCUCCGCCACUUCUUCUUGAAGUCGAGUUAAGUAAAUCUUCCACUUACUUGGAUUUGAAAAAUUAUGUGGGUAGAAUAUUAGGGUUAGAUCCAAAUACGCUAUUCGGUUGUGAAAUCUUCAGUAAUCAGAUAUAUGUCAACUACGAAUCAAUAGAAUCCAAUGCUAAGUUUUUAACCUUACAAGAGUUGAUCAAACCUGCUGAUGAUGUAAUUUUUUAUGAAUUACCGAUGAUUAAUGAUAAUGAGAUUAUUGUUCCCGUGGUAAAUACCAGAAUUGAGAAAGGGUACAGGAAUGCGAUGUUAUUUGGAGUUCCCUUCUUCAUUACGCUUACAAAAGAACAAAGGAAUAAUCCGGCGGCAAUAAGAAUGAAACUCCAGAAAAGAUUUAUUCAUUUGAGUGGUGGAUUUAUUUCCUUUGCAACCCCCGUUGAGGAUCAGGCCGACUUAGUGCAUAGUUUUCCUUUAUUGGCAGAAAAAUAUCCAGAUAUUGAACUUCGGGAUUAUGAAGAUAUACUGCAAUAUGUAUCAAAUAUGGCAGUCGAUAAGGAUAAAUCUUUUUUCUCAGUCAAGAUUCUACCUGUAGAAAAAGAGCAACAAUUUGUUAGCAACAACCAAACAGGACCAAGCUUUUGGACCCCGUUCUCUCAGUUGAAUUACAACAGAGCCACAGAUAUAAAGGAUAGCCUAACAGAUGUGGUUAGGGAUAUAUACAGUUAUCCAGCCCUAGUAAAAUCUGCUCAAGGAACCCCUAUGCAGGUGGACGAUGAAGGCGAGGCCGGACUUGAUGAGGAACACGAUUCCUCAAAACCCUUACAGGCUGAAGACAAACUAGAGGAUAGAAAGAUAGAAACAAUCAGUGGGAUUAGAAGUGAUGUUAAUGAUCAAGACGAAGAUAUGGAGUCAAUAGACGAUGUUGACGAAGAUGGGAGUACACAGCCACUACCAACAGAUAGUUGUAGAAAGGAAGUUUUGGAUAAAAGCGAGAAUAGCUUACACUCUAUUUCGCACGAAAUUAUUUCUGCAGAUGAUAUUAUUGUUUGUGAAUGGGAAGAAUCGGCUUCAAACGAGGCCUUCUCUGACGAUAAGAUUUAUAACUGGGAGAAUCCAAGUAUUUUGCCUAAUACAGAGCUGGAAAAGGUCAAAUUGGAAAGACGCAAUGCUAAAGAAAGAACUAUAACAUUAGACGACUGCCUCCAACUUUUCUCUAAACCUGAAAUUCUAGGCUUAAACGACUCAUGGUACUGUCCUACAUGUAAGGAGCACCGUCAAGCUACGAAACAAAUACAACUUUGGAACACGCCAGAUAUUUUACUAAUACAUCUGAAAAGGUUUCAAAGUCAAAGAUCUUUUAGUGAUAAAAUUGAUGAUACCGUGAAUUUUCCCAUUACAAAUUUGGAUCUGUCAGAACACGUUGUUUAUAAAGAUGAUCCUAGGGGCUCCAUCUAUGAUUUGUACGCGGUAGAUAAUCACUACGGUGGUUUAGGUGGCGGGCAUUACACUGCAUACGUAAAGAAUUUCAUGGACAACAAAUGGUAUUACUUUGAUGAUUCACGAGUAACUGAAACGGUACCUGAAAACAGUAUUGCCGGAUCAGCAUAUUUAUUAUUUUACAUUCGCCGUACUAAAGAUGGGAAUGAAUUGGGCGGCUCUAAACUACAAGAGAUAAUCAGGGAGUCACGCCAGGAAUACGAUUUACGUAUUAAGAGUAUAUAUGAUGAGCAAAUGAAACUAUAUGAAACGAAUAAGACGGACGAUGAGGAGGAUAUGUCUGAUGAUAUAGUGGAAAGUAAUGAGGAUGUUCAAACCCCUGAAUACAGCAAUCGCAGUUUAGAGGUUGGACACAUUGAAACGCGGGAUUGUGGUGAUGAAGACGACAACGAUGAUGGCGAAAGGACAAACUCGGGGAGAAGAAAACUGAGGCUCUUGAAAAAAGUUUACAAGAAUUUGGACUCAGGUUCAUCGAGUACGUCUGAAGUAUCUGAAGGAGGUCUAGAAAAUGAGAGCACUGGACUUGAAGACUUGGGUUAUAAGAACGACGUAACUCUCGAAUCUCCAGAAUGA